AUGUACCUCACCGCCAAUCUGUUCAGGGAGGAUCUCGGGAAGUCGAAAGGACGUGAAGUGCAGUUGGCGAUGGAGAACGCGAAACUGAGGGAGGAACGCGAUGCUGAGCGAGAGGUUAAAGCUCGGCUCGUGGCAGAGUUCGAGGCUUUCAAGAGGUUGGUGGCGGCCAGGAAAGACGCUGCAGACACCCCUGCAGAGGUCGACGAAUCGUCGAAGGGCGCGGGAGCAGGUUCAAGCCAGGCAACGGACGCACCCAAAGGACCAGUUGCGAUGGAAGAUUUCUUCGUCGUGGGCGUUGUGCCUUGGCGCCAAUUCACGACUUUGGCGGCUGCGUGGAGACUGUGGGUUCAGCCAAGCUACAUCAUGGGCGGCAUGUCUCUGCGUGAUGUCUGCGCAGAGUUCGGCCAGGAUAGGAACAAGAACAACAGCUUCUUCAUCGACAAAAGCUCCGAGGCGGCGACUGCAACGGCUGUUAAGCGGCUCGACGAUGUGCUCCUCUUGUGCAACUUCACCGAAUUCACCAACGGUCUGGCGGUGCUCCAUGACACUCCGCCCAACAAGAGACAGAAAACCGGUUGUUCGACGGAAAAGAGGACCGUCAACGACCUGGCGCAGCGCAAAGUCAGCUGGUUGAUAGUCAAACUGGGGCUGUGCGACGAAGAUUGGGGAACGGCGCUCUUUGGGGAUGAGUGGGAGGUGAUAAAAAAGGAAGAGAUGGCGAAGGAGAAAGCGGAGGAGGAGAAAAAGCGUGCUUCAGAGGCGAGGAAGGCGGAACAGGGAAAGGCGAUGGCGGGUGCAGCAGAGAAAUGA